AUGGGCGAGAUCAAGGAAUCGAGCUUUCAGGGGCCGAUCAGGCCACCACUGGCGAUGCCCUCUGCGCCGGGAACACCGGGGACACCGGGGACGCCGGGGACGCCGGGGACGCCAUCGACACCUACUGGCACCAAUCCGUCACCCGUCCGGCCGAAGCUCUACCGUCGCCAGUCUCGCUUCACAGAAGAGCCCAUGACGGAGAGGACGCCUGCCUGCUCAGCGUCGAUCCACUCCUUUGAUCCCUCCGCCCUUGACGACCCAAACGUCAAUACUCUCACACACACAAACACCGUUCAGCAAUUCCGCACCGCGAACAGGACCGUCAGUCGAGACCUAAGCCACAGGAGCAGCAACCUCAGACGGGACCUGAACAGCUUCUCCUUUGGAGGAGCACCAGCAACCCCCGUCCUACAAGAGGAGUCCCCAACAGCAAUAUCAAGAACGGGGACUCUCGACCCCCCACCGCAACCCCUAUCCUCCCCAACUACAGCAGAGAUCCCACCACCAUCUGGCCCUCUCCCACUACAUCAAUCAGCAGGCCUAUCCCCUGAAGAGAAAAGACGGGUUUGGCUCCGGUUAGCAAACUCGGUAUUGCACUCCGCGCCGACGUUGGUGCUGCUGUAUAUAAUGUCCACCUCCAUCUCGGCGUUCAGAUCGACCGCCAAAUUCUCCUCCCCGGGCAUAACCCUCCUCUCAAUCCUCUACCUCGACGCAAUCCUCAACAUCAUCACCUGCUUCCGCAUCCGCUCCCCCUGGCCAAGAUGGCGGUUAUCCCUCCGCUUUCUUUUCGGGCUAGGGUACAUGAUCCUCUUUUCCGUGUACAUCGGUCUCGGAAAUGAGGUUUUCCCGAAGGGGUAUACCUACUGGAACGUGCCAGACAAAAUGGCUACACCGCUGGUGUAUAUCUUUCUCUGGUGGUUAGCCGCGUGGGAUCUGGCCCACCUGCCGGUGUGCAGACCGGAGCUGUUAAGCUGUGCUAGGGAACGGGAGGGACAACAGGAAGCGAGGAGACCGAGUGUUGCCUUGUCGGAAUUGCACCCUACCAGCUUCCGGGCUAGGGUCCCGAGUAGUGUUGGGGGGGAGAGUGUGGUGAGUUAUACCUGGAGGAGGUGGGUGCAACGGACCAGGACGCAUAGCACGGGGGGUGUUCACUUUCAUGAAAUGGGACAUAAUGAUGUGGAGAUGGGACCUACCAGGACGAGGACGAGGGAGGGGGAUGUCAUUGAUGAGGGGGAGAGUAUUAGUGGGAGGAGGUCGGAGUCGAUGAGGACGGGGACCGCGCAUAGUGGGGAGGUUACACUAAGGGGGGAUGAGUUUGAGAGGAGGAGUGGGGAGAAGGAGAAGGAGGCUGAAGCUGGUGGCGCUGGGAAGAGAGGAGAGGAAGGCGGGCGGCUGGAGGAAAGCCCGAAGACGGUGAGGGCUGCUGAUGUUGGGCAAUGA